CAAAGUACUCUUUCUCUCUCUACCCUCUCUCUCUGCAAGGCAGCGGAAGUCACGACAACCCUUCCAUUCUCGCCUCUCUCUCUCUCUCUCUCUCUCUCUCUCUCUCUCACACACACAACACACACUGCGAAAUCUCAGCUCUCCACCUCACCAGUCUCAGAGACCACAAAUCUCUGCCCGUUCCCUUAAACCUCAAGCCCCGCCAUAAAUCUUUCUUGAUUUUUACAUUCAGCAAUGCCGGCGUCCUCAUCUGAAACAAGAGCCCGAUGGAGAAAAAGAAAGAGGGAUCAGGCUGCUGCACGGAGAUCCAAAUUGAAGGAGAAUGAAGAAGAUGCAGUUGAGGAAAUAGAGGAGGAGGAGGACGCUGACCUUGACCCUCCUACCCACCUCCAGGAAGGGGAAGAUGAUCCCCAGCACCACACAGAGAUGACCCAUAUCUCUGGUGAAAGAGAGUGUGAGAAGCUGGUGGAUGGAGGUGUCCGAAUCUGUGAGUUCCCAGUUGCAAUCCGGAGGGAAGUGAGCAGGCCACACUCAUCUGUUUUCAGAAUUGUGGAUGCCGAGAGAUCCACACUAAAUGGAGGGAGCAGCAGGCAUGGGCAAGGUGGAGUGCCCAUGUUGGAGAACAUUUCACAUGGGCAGCGGCAAGUCCUAUCAGCUGUGCCCCGUGAUAGCCCGAUCCUUUCCGGGACUCAGCAAGAGGAGACUGCUAGCGGCAGUGGGGCUGGGUCUUAUGUCAUUGCUCCUCCCAGGAUUGCUGCUGGCAGCGGCAUGUGCAAGAAGCUGGGGACUGCAGGCCGCCCUCAUUUUCUCCCAGUGCAUUCUGAGUGGUUUUCACUGCAAGCUGUUCACCGAUUGGAGAGACAGGUUGUGCCACACUUUUUCACUGGGAAGUCAGCCGAGCAUACCCCAGAAAAGUACAUGGCAGCCCGAAACUCCAUCGUUGCUCGGUACAUGGAGAACCCCGAAAGGGACCUGACAGUUGCUGACUGCCAUGGGGUGGCAGCCGAUAUCGAGGAGGAGGACUUGAGUAGGCUUGUCAGGUUUCUCAAUCACUGGGGAAUAAUCAACUACUGUGCUACCUCACCUAGGCAUGAGGCCCAAAGGGAUGGGACUUACUUGUGUGAGGAUGCAAGUAGUGAACUGCGUGUGCCCUCUGCUGCCUUGAAGUCUAUCGAUUGUCUGAUAAAGUUUGACAGCCCAAAGUGUAGGCUCAAAGCCUCUGAUGUUUAUCCAGAGUUAGCAAGUCAAGCCGCAGAUAAAUCGGACUUUGACAAUACUAUCAGAGAGCAUUUGUCUGAGCAUCGGUGCAGUUGCUGUUUUCGUUCCAUUCCGACAGUCUAUUACCAAUCUCAAAAAGAGGUUGAUGUCCGGUUGUGUUCUGAUUGUUUUCACAAGGGAGGAUUUGUUCCUGGUCACUCAAGCCUUGAUUUUGUGAAGGAAAACUCCAUGAAGGAUUAUGGAGAUUCUGAUGGGGAUAGUUGGAGCGACCAAGAGAUAUUUGAUCUGCUGGAAGGAGUCCAGCUUUACUCCGAAGAUUGGAAUAAAAUUGCUGAGUUUGUUGGAUCGAAGUCAAAAGCUCAGUGUAUUCUUCAAUUUCUCCGUCUUCCUCUUGAUGGCGCUCCGUUGGAUGAUAUUGAAGUUCCAAGCACAUCUGGAUCUUCAAGGAAUGAUUCGGAACCAAAUUCAAAUGGUUCCUCUUCGAAAGAUGAUAGCGUGGAAAGCAAGUUUCCAUUUUCAAGUUCUGGAAAUCCGGUGAUGCACCUGGUUGCAUUUCUCGCCUCUGCAUUAGGGCCAAGGGUGGCUGCAGCUUGUGCACAUGCAUCCUUGGCAUCAUUAUCGAAGGACAGCCGGGAUGAAAGUCCCAAUCCAGAAGAGGGUGCAGUAUCGGCUGCAAAUGUGAGGGCUGCUGCCGAAGAAGGCCUGGUAGCUGCAGCCUUGAAAGCCAAGCUUUUUGCAGACCAUGAGGAGCGGGAAAUUCAGCGGUUGUCUGCCAAUAUUGUUAAUCACCAGCUGAAGAGAUUAGAGCUGAAGCUGAAGCAGUUUGCUGAGAUUGAGACGCUGCUCAUGAGGGAGUGCGAACAGAUGGAAAGGGCAAGGCAAAGGAUUGCUGCAGAGCGUGCCCUUUUGGCAUCAUCGCAGUUCGGAUACAGUGGGAUCCCUCGACCGGUGGGCACGCCAGGCGUCGCUGCUGCAGGAAAUAGCAGGCAGCCGCAGCAAGUUCAAGGCUCGCAGCAGCCUUUUAUGGGCGGAUACGGCAACAACCAGCCGAUUCACCCUCACCUUGCCCUGAUGCAGCAGCCCGGGGCAGUGGGUCUGGCUGCGAGGAUGCCCAUGUCGACCCGGCAGCCGUCUCCAUCAUCAGCUUCCAGCUCGGGAAUGUUCAACCCGGCAGCUUCCACCUCGCAGUCUACCCUCGGCCAUCCGAUGCUCAGGCCUGGUGCGUCUGGUGGAAAGCCGAGCUCAGGGUAAGCCCGGAUGUGCAUUGAUUUGGAGUGAAAGAAGAACAUAUGAUUUUUGAGAGGCAUGAGCGAAAGAAGAGAAAUUUGUGAUAAUUUGGAGGAGAAUGAACAGGUGAUAGAUUUAUUUGAUUUUGGUGAGAAAGAGCGAAUAGAAUUGAUAAUAUUGUGAGGUGGUUGAGAGAAAGAACAGAAGAUGAUGGGUAAGAAUAGCGAUUUUAAUUUCUAACAUCAUCAUCGCAAUUUUUAAUUCUGAGUUUGACUUAGACGACGUGACAUGGAAUGAAGCAUUAUUGGUCAGGCAUGACUUUUGAAGUUAGAAAUUUGAUUUGAAUAGAUGCUUGCAAAAUUUUGAUUUUAGUU